UGUCAGCAAAAAAUUAUUCCUGAUCAAGACCAGCUUAUGAUUACGGCAUUGGAAUGUAUUUAUAGUUGUGAACGAGAUGACCAGCUCUCUCUCUGUUAUGAUAUUUUGGAGUGCCUUCCACAAAGAGGAUAUGGGUCUGAAACAGAUAAAACUAACACUCUUCAUGAUGAAGUAGAUGAACUGGAACAAAUUCUUAGUGUUUCAGAGCUAUUGGAGAAACAUGGACUUCAGAAACCUGUUUCCUUUGUGAAGGACACAAAGGACAAUGCAGAGGAGGCACGGAAGCUGAUGAUCAGGCUGACGAGGCACACCGGUCGCAAGCAACCAUCGGUCAGUGAGACACACUGGAAGGAAUUGCUCCACGAUAUGUUAGACAUGCAGCAAAAAGUAUAUACAUGCUUAUAUUCAGAUACCUGCUAUGAGAUAUUCACAGAAAGCCUUUUAUGCUCAAGCAGUAUAGACAAUAUCCACUUGGCUGGGCAAAUGAUGCACUGCAGUGUUUGGUCAGCAGAUCUAACAAGUUCAUCAAAAGGGAAGCCACAGUACCGAGUCAGCUAUGCGAAAAGUAUCGAGCUAGUUUUGGCUGCUAGCAGAGAAUAUUUCAAUUCUUCAACGAGUUUGACAGAUAGUUGUAUGGAUUUGGCCAGGUGCUGUCUACAACUUAUUGUAGACUGUCCAAGUGCUAUUCAGGAGGAGCUGGAUCUCAUUCGUGCUCUCGGCUACCUUGAAGAAUUUGGCGUGAAAAUUCUACCAUUACAAGUGCGUUUAUGUUCGGAUCGACUCAGUCUCAUCAAGGACUGCCUUGCUCAGUUGUCAACAAACUAUAAGCAGUCUGCGAAGCUCCUGGGACUUGCAAAUUUGCUAAGAGUUGCAGGAGAUGAUCAGAUGGAGAGAAAAGGUCAAAUUUUAAUACUUUUAGUGGAACAAGCUCUCAGUUUCCAAGACUACAAAGCAGCCAGUAUGCAUUGCCAGGAGCUCAUGGCCACAG